AUGGGCUUCUCAGACUACCGACAGCACAAGCAUGACUGCAAGGUCAAGCAAGAGGAACGCGCAGAGCGCAUUCGCUCGCUGCCUGCAUACAAUGAACCCUUCCUGUCGAGUGACCGCGAGAUCCUCGCACGGCCAAUCCAGGACAUCGUUCAAGACGUACACCAGGGCUUCCUCAAACCCAUUGAUAUCCUGAAGACAUACGGGAAAGUGGCGCUCAGGGCCCAUGAGAAGACCAACUGUCUGACGGAGAUCAUGAUCUCGGAUUGUGAGAAAUGGGUUGAAGACGGCUCCAUCAACAUGAAAGGACCGCUGGCUGGCAUCCCCGUCAGCUUGAAAGAUACCAUUGUGGUUGGUGGCUACGACGCUUCCGUUGGUUACAGCAGCAAAACUGGAAAGCCAGCCGAGAAGGACGGGCCUGUCGUACGCUUGCUCAAGGACGCCGGAGCGGUCCCAUACGUCAAGACUAAUUUGCCCAUCACACUUCUGAGUUUCGAGUCCGCCAACGAUGUUUGGGGGCGUACUACGAACCCCCACAAUCCCGCCUAUACACCAGGCGGCUCGACUGGUGGCGAGUCGGCCCUCCUGGCCCUGGGUGGGAGGAUCGGCAUUGGCAGCGAUGUUGCGGGCAGCGUCAGGGUUCCGGCACACUUCGCCGGCUGCUACAGCCUCCGCUGUUCCACUGGCCGUUGGCCAAAGAUGGGAUUCGCGACCUCCAUGCCCGGCCAGGAAGGCGUGCCAUCCGUCUACAGCCCUAUGGCGCGCACUCUGAACGACUUGAUGUACUUUACCCGCUCCGUCGUCCAGAUGAAGCCUUGGACCUACGAUCAUAGCGUCCACCCCAUGCCGUGGAGGGUUGACGUCGCAAAGGAGUACCUGACAAAGUCGAAGCUGCGCGUUGGAGUGCUGCGCACAGAUGGCGUUGUCGAUCCCAGCCCUGCUUGUGUCCGCGCGAUGAGCAUGGUGGAGGAAGCGUUGAAGAAGCAGGGCCACGAGAUUGUCGAGAUCAACCCUCCUGAUAUGUACAAAGCCCUGAGACUGGGUGCCCUCCUUCUCAAUGCCGACGGCUGUAAGAUGUUCAAGUCCUUUAUGCGCAGCGGGGAGUGGAACGAUCGCGGCGCAGACCAGAUGGACUUCCUCAUGAACUUGCCCCGACCGAUCAGGUACAUCUACUACCUCUGGGUCAAGUACAUCCGCCGGGACGACGUCUGGGCUGGGUUGAUCCGGGACUUCCGUCCCCAGUCCGCAUAUGAGAACUGGCAUCUGGUCAAGGAGCGCGAGGCUUACCGGGCAGAAUGGUACGACUGGUGGGACAGCGCCGACGUCGACUGUCUCCUCACACCUCCUAAUGCUACGCCGGCUGUGCCACACGAGGCCAUGAGGGAUGCUGUUAGUAGCUGUGGCUAUACUUUUCUCUUUAACAUUCUCGACUACGCUGCCGGCAUUCUUCCUGUUACGCACGUUGACAAGGACCUUGACAAGCUGCCGGCCGAGUUCAACAUGCGCAAGCUGAACGGCGUGGCCAAAGGAGCGUACAAGUUUUACGAUGCGGCGAAGAUGCACGGCCUGCCGGUUGGCGUCCAGAUUGUUGGCCGGAGGCUGGAGGAGGAGAAGGUCCUGGCUCUCAUGCAGAGGGUCGAGAACGCCCUGGGCGAGGACAAAUAUGAUCUUCUCAGCGUUGACUAA